AUGGCGUCCGGAAAAAAGGCUCUGCUGAUCCUGGCUCCUGGGGCGGAGGAGAUGGAGACGGUCAUCACGGCCGACGUCUUACGGAGAGCCAAGGUUGAGGUGAUCAUAGCCGGCCUGGACUCGGCCGAGCCCGUGGAAUGCAGCCGCGGGGUCAAGAUUCUCCCAGAUUCCUCGCUGGAUUCGGCCGCCGAGCGGGGCCCGUACGACUUGGUCGUUCUACCGGGGGGCUUGGGGGGCGCAAAAAGACUCUCCGAGUCUCCCAAAGUGAAGCAGAUUCUGCAGGCGCAGGAGAGCGGUGGGCAGUAUAUAGCAGCUGUGUGCGCGGGGCCGACCGCUCUUCUGGCCCACGGGAUCGGUAAAGGGAAGCAGGUUACCUCUCACCCGGUCGUGAGGGAGAAGAUGGAGGAAAGCUACAGUUACACGGAGGCCCGCGUGAGCAGGGACGGGACCCUUAUCACCAGUCAAGGACCGGGGACCUGCUUCGAGUUCGCUCUCGUCCUCGUGACUGCACUGCUCGGCGAGGAGACGGCCAAGGACCCGGUGACUGAAAGCAGGAUCGAAGAUUCGGAUCUGUUUGGCACGAAAUUGUCCUCUCCCGAGACCUUUUACAGUAUGGCCAAACUCCCUAUGUUGUUUCUACUGCCUGUCUUGGCCGCUACGACAGGUACUGCUCUAUGGCCCCACGUCUGGAGCGACUGCCUUGUGGUUGUCAGUAAUGCUACUGAUGGAAUUGGAAUAAAGGUCGCCUGUGACAGGGAUAGCGUCGUACACCAGCGGAAUUUCGCCGGCUAUUUUCUCUCCCCCCUCAACACGAACGAGAUUUGGGUGGAAAACAUGACGACUGGCAACGAUUCCGUACGCUACGCCCUUCUAUUGCCCCUGGCGCGAGAGAUCGGAGUGCUGGAGGUCCAGUACAGCGGAGCCACAGGAGAAUGGGCCACUCAACUUUGGCCCAUGGAAAUGGACGGUGUUGAGGGGUCAUGUCAGACCCUAUUCAUCCAUAGAUUCAAGAACGCUCUAUACUCGGUGUGUAUCUUCAAAACGGGUCCUGACUCUAGCUCACUGCAACUGUACGAGAUAACGCUCAACACGAGUGCCCUUGAAAAAUCGUCAGUGAGUUUUGAAAAUUUCGCUACGUUGAAUGGGGAAAGAUUCACAAACGUCGUAUAUGCUCAACGUGAACAAAACGACCAACGCUUCUUUGUCAUAAUUGAUGGUAAUGUCGCACACAUUGAUCCUUCAGAACACAAACGGCCCCUGUAUUCCUUGGGCUAUGAAGAAUGCACCAAUGUUACGUUUCUUCAAUACGUAGUUCUUCCUUCUGACCUACUAGUCCAUCUUUCUUGCUGUACAGAGGAUCAAACCUGCUCACGUCGUGGAAUAUACUACAAUACCUACGAAGAGAAAUCCUUCAAACUAAGCGAAGGAUUACCUUAUCGUUGUCCAGACUUUGAGACGGAGGUGGUUAUUCGUGAGUCAACCAACCAGUUUCAUGUCAGGGGAAUGAACUAUGAACUGGAGGGAGACGGCUUUCGUCAUGGACUCUGCUCUGGCAGCUCGAGCAAUCUUUGGUUUGCCUAUCAAGACGACACUGGGAAGAUUUUUGUCAUAGACCUCUCUCCCUCUACCACACCCGUACCUCACAGGGUGUCUGAACAUGGCUGUAUGCAGGGCCCAAGCUGUAGUCCCAUUAGAAACGUCAGCGACAUUCUUGUGAUCCAGGAGUUUCACCAGGACAGCCAGCUAAUACUUGCCAAAGGAAUACACCCUUUUACACGCAACUCAGUUGUAUUUGAACUCUACAGUCCACAACCAAAUUUAUUUGCUCUCUUAAACGCUCCUUCCUUGCUACCAGCAACCACAGCAGUACCAAACACCGUGAUUAUAGGGACUACAAACUCACCUUAUCCUACACCAACACGAGAGACGAAUAUUACUACGGUUGUUGCAGUUGUCGUUCCUUUAGUAGUCUUGACUUUAGUAGUGACUAUCCUGUUGGUCCUUGCUAUCGUCGUGAUAAGGAGGCACACACACAAAGCUAAUGGGGAUGAGAAUGGUCAGGAUGGUUUUGCACCAGUCCCAGUGGCAUGUCAAGAUGGCAGAAUUGCACUCGUUCAUCAAGAAGCUCAGGUUGAUUGUCCAGAAGCAGGGCAAAUUGGUGGGGAAGGUGACAUUGUAGCUGCUGCCCAGCCUGAAGAUACUGGUGGUGCCUGUGUGGAUGUUGUCCAUGGAAAGAGCAAAGUGACUAACCCCACACUUAUUGACAAACGUACAGUUUUUGAAAACCUUCGUGACCGUCAGAGGACUGAAGACAGAAGAAAUGAUUGUCGUGAAAAAGGCAAUUAUAUUGAUGAAAAACAAGCACAGCUCCAAAACUAA